GUGAAGACGAAGUGAUAUCCUAUCAGUAAAAAUUAUACACUCGUGGUUCGGAAAUCGUUUGUGAAAUUUUCGAUUCAAUCGUUGUAAUUUUUACAUUCUACGUUAUAAUUUCCCGAGUUACAUUCCAGAAACAUUUCAAGCCAAUCUUCAAACUCGUUCCGGUCGUUAUUCCGAUAUGGGUAAGAAACCAAAACAGAACAAAUGGAAAGUAGUCGAUCCCGGCGGAGUUACUGGAACUUUCCCAGAUCUUAUCAGUAUAGAAGAACUAGUGGAUUACAAAGCUAUUCGAGGUAAAGAUCAAUACUCCGAUCCAGUCGUCGAUGACGUCUCAUCAACGAAGAAAAAACGUAAAAAGAAAAAGAAGCCAGUCACUUCUGGUGAACCAAAAUCAUCCGAGCAAACAGAAAAUACUCCUGCUCUUUCGAAAGUAAAAUCCAAAAGAAAAACGCCACCUGAUGAUGAAGAACCGAGCGUGGAUGCAAAAAAACGAAAAAAGAAGAAGAAACCGGUCACUUCUGGCAAGUCCAAAUCAUCCGAGCAAACGCAGGAUGCUCCUACUCUUUCGAAAGCACAAUCCAAAACAGAAACGUCACCUGAUAAUAAAGAACCGAGCGUAGAUGCGAAAAAAAGAAAAAAGAAGAAACAAGCUGCCUCUAAGAAACGAAAAUUAACCGAUCAAAGCGAAAGUCCUGCGAAUAAAAAGAUGAAACCUAACGUAGAAACUGCACCAGAUGACGAAGAAGCGAAUGUUGAUACAAAUGAUACCGAUAUGUCAGCAUGGAUGGAGUUCAAUUUAGCUGAUCAAAUUAUCAAAGCUUUAGCUGCUAAGAAAUUCUCCACUCCUACUGAAAUUCAGUCUUUAACGUUGCCUGAAGCUAUCGUAAGAAAAAAAGAUGUAUUAGGAGCUGCAGAAACUGGCAGUGGAAAAACGUUAGCUUUUGGGAUACCCAUUGUCAAUGCGAUUCUCGAAGCUCGAGCUAAUCAAAGCGAGAAAGACGAUAAAUUAUGGGCAUUGAUAGUCACACCGACCAGAGAAUUGACCAUCCAAGUUAAAAAUCAUCUCUCCGAUCUGUGCAAAUUUACCGACAUCAAAGUUUUGGAAAUCGUUGGAGGUUUAUCGAUCGAGAAACAAGACAGAAAGCUAUCCGAGAAACCAGAAAUUGUCGUCGGAACUCCUGGUCGUUUAUGGGAAUUAAUUCGAUCAGAAAAUGAACACUUGUUGAAAGUCGAUCACGUCAAAUUUUUCGUCAUCGAUGAAGCUGAUCGUAUGCUGGAAAAAUUUCAUUUCGCCGAGUUCACCAAUUUACUCGAGCGUAUGAAUUUAAAUUCGAAGAAGUCCGAUAGACGACAAACUUUGGUGUUUUCUGCUACUCUUAGUUUGACUCACGCACCUCCUUCGUACGUUUAUAAUAAAAAAAAGAAAGGUAAAAUGAAAAAUGAUCAAAUGAAAAUGACGCCGGAACAGAAACUGAAAUCAUUCGUGAAAUCUUUAAAUUUGAAAAACCCAGCCAUCAUCGAUAUCACCCAGAAACAUGUACUGCCUUCUCGAAUAUCCGAGUCUUGUAUCCAAUGCCCCGCCGAUGAAAAAGAUUACUACUUGCAUUACUUGUUGAAAAUGCACACCGGUAGAAAAAUAGUAUUUUCCAACAGUAUCAACUGUGUUCGAAGGUUACAUCGAUUACUAAAUGUUUUACAAUGCAACGCUAAGAUCUUAUUCGCCGAUAUUGCUCAAAAUCAAAGGCUCAAGAAUUUAGAAAACUUUCAGAAAGAUCCGAAUGGAUUACUUUUAGCUACUGAUGUCGCCGCUAGGGGAUUAGAUAUUCCUAAUGUUGAAUAUAUUAUUCAUUAUGAAGUACCUAAAGCUAGUGAGAUUUACGUGCAUCGAAGUGGCAGAUCAGUUCGUGGGCUAACAGCUGAAGGAACUUCCAUACUAUUUGUCAGUCCUUCUGAAAAUUAUCACUUCGAGAAGAUCAGAAACACGUUGGGCAAAACUGAAAAAAUACCAUCGUACAAGAUGGCCAUCCCCGAAGUAUUCGCUGCAUCGAAACGUCUUGUUAAUCUUGGUAGAAAAAUCGAACAGCUCGAGUCUAAAAUGAAAACAGUUCAAUCGAAUGCCAAUUGGGUGGAGAAAUGCGCUAAAGAGAUGGAUAUUUUAUUAGAUGACGAAGACAUGCCAGAAAAACUCGACGAUCGUGAGAAGAAAACCCAAAAACUAACGAUAAAACGAUUAAAAGCUGAACUGAAGCAGCUCAUGUCGAAACCUAUCGUACCUUUACAAGAAUCUAUGCGUUACCCAUCUUUCUCGACUGUUCAAUCUUAUUUGAAAAUAAACGCUAAUGUUUAAAUGAAAAUAA